AUGGAUGGAGGAAGAAACGAUUGCGGUAUUGCUGACACUUUUCAAGUUAUGGCUCCAGCUGGUGGUAGAAAACGGAAAUUCAAUCAGAAGGCAGCAUGUGGGAAAGAAGGAAGUGAGGGAGGGACUUCUGCUUCUGUGAGAUGUUUCAAGUUUGGAGAGUCAGGUUAUCGUGUUGCUGAGUCUAAGAUGGCAUACCAGAAAUGCUUCAAGUGUAGGAAGAAAGGUCUUCGCAUUGCUGAAUGCAGGAGUAAUAGUCUGACUUGCUAUAGUUAUGGAGAGAAAGGUCAUAUUAGUAUUCAGUGUGAGAAACCUAAGAAGACUCAGUCUAAAGGAAAGGUUAUUACUUUUACUAGAGCAUAUACUAUUGCAUCUGAUAACUUGAUUUGA